UCACUCGAGCGGUCACCGGAGCACACACAAGAGCAGGAACACGAGCAGGAACACGAGCAGGAACAGGGGUGGGUACAAGAGCGGGCACAGAAGUGGGCGUUAGAGCUGGCACCGGAGCUGGCACCGGAGCGGGUACUGGAGUGGGUACCGGAGCUGCCACCGGAGCGGGCAUCAGAGCUGGUACUAGAGCUGGAAGCGAAGCGGGCACUGGAGCUUGCAGAGAAGCGGGCACUGGAGCUUGCAGAGAAGCGGGCACUGGAGCUGGCAUGUAUCUGA